AUGUGGUUGUUCGUACUUUUGUUAUCAAUUUCAUUCCCUGUUAAAUGCCAAACAUUGAAGAAUGAUACUCUUGGUAUUUCCUUAGCAAUUACUAAUGCUCAAACCGUGAUUCCGUGCGGAUUAUCCGUAGAUGUCUAUCCAGCAUUCGAUCGAGAGCAAAUCAUCACCUGUCCGUCGGUUACCGUUGAUGAUUCAUUGACAUUCGUAAACAUAACAAUUCAAAAUAAAGAAGAUCCCCACAUUCGAUUAUCUGAUCAAUUAAUUUCACCACCGAAACUUUUCGCUAAACUCGAAAACAAUUCCUUUGUUUACGUAUCAAAUACGACUGCAACUGAUGUUUAUUAUCUGAUUUUUUCAUCCGAACUUCUCUGUCGAUACUCAUCAUCAAAUGAUAUGGUCACUUGUUUUUACCAUCCCAAAACAGUAGAUUUCGUUCAACUAGAACAACAAUUCGAUACCUCGACAAACAUCAGCUUCAUCUCAACUAACCACAAACGUCGCGAUUUCACCAUUACUUUUGUAAUCAUCGGUAUUCUUAUUCUACUUCUAUGCAUUUGUGUUAUGUAUAUUUUGUGUAAAAAUCCGUUUCCUCUUGAUCAUAUGAUUCAAUUAGAUUAUAUCAUCGAUCCGCAAUUAGCCCGACAAGCGGCACUGAAACUAUCGCCGGAACCUGUCUAA